GUAACCCAACAACCUAAAAUUUCCAGCGGCAUUUUUAAUCCAAAUCCUCGCGGCACAUAUUUACUCCCAUAAUUACAUAUCUAUGUUCCCGUAUCAGAUGGUCAUGCUCGAUGUGUUGAUAAUUGGGGGUGGGCCUCACGCUUUGACCCUGGCCAGCAUGCUGUCACCUCCCCACUCGGAACCAAACUCAAACCCGGCGCAGCUCUCAGACUGUCCCGAGCCCUGCACUGAAACGCCAAGACUCGAGUCCAACCCUGAAAUCUGUACCGUGCGACGCAAGGAGGAAGCAGAACCGACACGAGAGAAACAGCUCGCCGAGUCCGCAGUACCGGAAGGACUCGUUCGGCCCCGCGUCCUCAGUCUCCAAGUGGUCGACACGUACGGAGAGUGGACGUCGCUGUGGAAGAGUCAAUUCGCAGCCUUGAACAUCCCUCACCUGCGCUCGCACGCGCUAGUGCACACGGAACCGGGCGACAAGGAAGCGCUGCAGGACUUUGCGCUAAACCGCGAUCGCUCGGCCGAGCUGCGCAGCCUCCCGGACCGGGUGCGGAUUCUGGAUGAAAACGCUUUCUUCAACGACGCGCGGCUGGGCAAGAAAGAGAGAAAACGUCUGAACGUCUCGUCCAACCUCAAGAAGAGUCUCGCCUUCAGCCUGCCGUCGACUAACCUCAGCGUGGAUUUCUUCAAAGAUCAGGUGGACAGAUACGACUUGGACAAGGUGCUUGUGAAAGGAACCGCUAGUCGCAUCACGGUGGUGACUGAAGACCAGCAAAUGGACCGAGAAGAUUGCGCAACAGAGGAAGAAACUUCAAGAACUGACCGACAAGGAGGCCGGAUGAGGAAGAAAAGAGUGAAACAUUUCCAAGUCCACCUCGAAGAUGGCGACGUGCUCGAAGCUCGCCGGGUUGUAAUGGCGACGGGACCCACCCGCGCCCAAAUGGCAAACGUCCCGCAGUGGGUAGCUAAUAUCGAGGAGAGCUUCCCGGAAGAGCGGCUGCGACACACCGUGCGCCUCAUGCACGGCUUCAUCCUAAAAGUCGCGCUUGACUUUGUGCCUCUAGGCUCGUGCGUGGUGUGUGAGGCAGGCCAGAGGGUCGCGGUCGUCGGCGGGGGUCUGACCAGCGCUCACGUCGUCUCCGUCGCACUGGAGCAAGGGGCCAGUCACGUGACGUGGCUCAUGAGAAAGCACCUCCAGUUAAAACAGUUCGACGUGGGCGACGUGGAGAGCCUGGUGGGUCGUUAUUCGCACGUAGAGCACGGCAUCAAGAUGGACGGCCAAGCCUUCCUGAGACAGUUCUUCAGUGAGAGGAGUCUUCACAAGCGGCUGGCGAUGAUUCGCCGGGCCAGGAAAGGAGGCGCCGUCACCCCGGAGGCCUACAUCCAAUUGCGGCCAUUUAUUUUGAAAGGGCGGGUGGAUGUGAAGACGUACUGUCAGGUGACUGAGGCCAGCUGGUGCUACAGGAAUCAGGCCUGGAGGCUGUCCCUCAGCAAUGGAGACCACUGGACAGGUGAUAGGAUCUGGUUGGCCACCGGAUGUAAACUUGAUGCCAAACAGGACCCUUUGCUUUCUGAAGUCAUGAAGGAGUUCCCGAUCCAGGUGCUGGAUGGCUGGCCAUGCAUAACAGAGAGUUUAGAAUGGGCCGAAGGGUGUCCCCUUUACUUGAUGGGCCAGUACACCGCUCUACAGAUCGGACCUCACGCGGUAAACCUGGCAGGCGGACAAGCGGCUAGCGUGAGGAUUGCCGAGCGCAUCCUGCGCCGCCGUGACGACGCGGAGUUGACGGAGUCGAGGGCUAAAAGUGAAGAAUAUAUCCAGCAAAUGCGAGGGCUUUUGUGGCUCUAACGGCAACAUUUUGCAUCUACA